GAGUCAUUCGUGAUAAUCUAGGAAUUUCUAGGCUCAUCUAUUUAAGUAGUUUUAUUAAUUAGUUCUUAUUUCGUAUUAUUUGGGAUAUUAUUAUUAUUGUUUAAUUGCCUUAGUAGGAUUUGGAUUGUUUUCUAUUAUGUUUAGGAUUUGGUUAUCGCUUCCUUGUGGGAGUAGUAUUCAUAUUUUGUGAAUUAGAAAAGAGAUGUACUAUGCUUAUAAAUAUGUACUCACUCUUUCGUUUAAUGAUAUGAGAAGAUUGGAAUCCAAGUAAAUUUAUAGUUUAACUUUCCCGUCCUCUAUUUCUCUUCAUUCUAAAGCGAUUCUCGAAUUCUUUUGUUCGAUUCAUUAGAGUCACUUACAUGAAAAUUCUAAUCUGGAAAAUCCACGCACUUUUACCCAGUGGCGGAUCCAGGAAUUCUACGUAGGGGUGUCCUCUAUAAAAUAUUAAAUUAAAUAUUAGAAUUAAAUUAAAUAAUUAUUAAAUUUGAAAAUAUCUAACUAAUAAAAGUUUCAUUAAAAGUUCAUACGUGUUUCGUCAAAUGAUAAAAUGCAUUCGGUGUUUAUAUUGCUCAACAAAUAUGUCUUGACAUAUCCUACUAGACAAGGAUAUCCCAUAAUUGAGUUUAAUCGUUAGGUUUUGAAAAUAAUUUGAGAUAAAAAUAACAUUUUACUAUUAUAUGUGGAUCUAAAACACACUAACAGAUGAGUUGUAGCGUAAUUGAAAAUAUAUUAACUAAUAGUGGCAGUGUCACAAAUUUAAAUCACAUAAACUACUACUUAAAUAUUAUUUGUACCAAUACGCAAACUACUACGAGAGAUUGGAUAAUCAUUUUCCCAAAUUUUAAAGGUAUCCCACUACCACUUAAACAUUUUUUUCUCAUACACAAACUACUAUCGUAGGUUGAAUAAUCGUGUUUCCAAAUUUUAGGGGUGUCCCGAGACACCCCUAACCAUGCAUGUAUCCGCCACUGCUUUUACCACCUGUUAUUGUAUUGUAACCGUAUAUCUAGUGACCACUCUUCCACUAUUGAACGUGGACGAGAGCCGCGCCAAUAUGCAUUUCGUGAAAAUGGCAAACCUACAAUCCGAUGGAAUAUUGGGUCUUUUUGGCUGUCGUCGGGAAAAAGGGUGGACGGCCUAAUAAAUUCCCCGUUUAAUAAGGGGAAUUCUCGCCGGAAAAGAAAAAAGACAGAAAAAUUUGUUGGUUGUGUAUGAAUUAUGAUUUAUGAAUUAUGAUGAGCUUAGAUACUGAGCAAUAAAAUAAAAAUAAUUGCCUGGGAUGUGAGAGAGACGAGACCUACAUCCCUAGAUUUUGCAAAAUUCUAAGCGACUCGUGUCAGGGAGAAAAUCGUCGGUGGUCCCUUUACUUGCAAUAAAAACCCAGACCACCAGCAAAACCUCAAAUCUGGUCUCCUUUUCUUUCUUUCUUUCUUUCAUCAUCUCUCAAGAUUCCCAUUGGUAAAUUUUAGGCAACAUGUUGCUAGGCAUUACAUGUGCGCUCUCGUUGUACCUUUCAUUUUUGUUUACCAGCGCGAAUAAAUUGGUGAUAGAAUAUUUUGUAUUUAAAUUGUGGUUCAAUUAUUUCGUAUCGAUAAAAUUAUACAUAUGUCUGGAUUUUAGCAGAGCAAUCCAUUAGAUAGCAUGUAAAUUUGUUGAUUUUAUGCAAAUGAUCCGACAUCUCGUCUACACGUGCCCGAUCUAACUACGCAGUAGUGACAAUAACAGUUCAAUCGGCUCCUAUUAAGUUGUGAUUACUUGAUGGUGCUUGAGAAAGUACAAGAAUGACACAACACCCUUUUUUUCCCCCUAAAGUAGUCGUGUGAUCGAUGUGCAGGUUUACUAUCGGACAUCGACUCAGUGUCAACAGAUGAGGUGAUUGUAGCGAACUAGUGAUGUUGAUGGAAAAAACUUGCAGGGUAUGAGUCCCAAGAGGGAACAACACACUACUAUUGCGAGAUGGCCACCACUUAUAUUUUUAUGUGUUUUUCUUUUUUGCGAUAUGUUGUUGAGAUUCGAUAACUCAAAUUAUUGCAAGAUGUUCAAUCGUGAAUUUUAUAUUUUUAUGUUACAAAUUUUUUUUUUUACAUUUUUAUGUGGUUUUUUUUUUGCACAUUAGUAACAGAAAAAUAGAAGGAGAGAGAAACUAGGUACUUUUAUCAUACGUAGAAAAUGAUUGUUUAUGGUCCCUAAAAAAAGACUCUUACUGUUUACUACUUUAACAACUUUCAAAUAUGAAAAAAAGUACAGUCAGUAUCAGAUUUCAGUGCAAAGUGAUUCUGAUUUCUGACCCCUGACCAGCGCCACCACCGGACGGCCACCACUUCCACUUCCACCACCACCCCAGUCGCCAUGAUACAAACAAAUAAACAAUUACCCCGGCGGGAAAAAGAAAAUGAUGUAAGGCGAAGCAGACUCAUACAUUUAUUUAUUUUAUUUUAUGUUCGUAUCUGUAAUUUUCACGGUGGCGUUGCGCCAUUGUUGGUUCCCAGCUGGAUCUGGACACUUCCUUUCCUUCCUCCACCCCACAUGUCCCAUUCUUCCUUUUCCUCUCUCCCCCCAACUACCUUUCUCUCUCCGUCUCUAACCGAGAUUCCCAAGCAAGCAAGCUCCUCCUUCCUCUCUAAUCUUUUCUUCCUUCACUCCCCGCCUCACUUUUGCUCUCUCUUCUUCCUUUUUUUCCUCUCCCCUUUUUCAAUAGUGAGUGAAUUGAAUUUCUAAAUAUCUUCUGUUCCCUUCCCAUGCUUGUCUGAAUUUUUUAAUCAAUUUCUCCAUCACUGUGUUUCCCAUCUUCCCCUCUAUAAAUUCAUCCCCCCUGCUUGCUUCAAUCUCCCCCCUUUUCCUCCCCUUCCUUCCUCCUUCCCCCCCUUUGCCCUUGCUCUGUUUCUCUGCCCAGCUCUGCCUUCCCAUUCUUGGUUUCGGUCUCUCAGAGCUUUUCUCGAUCUGGGUUUUGAGGAAAUCGCUUAGCUUAAGUUGGGCUUGAUGCAUAGUCUCGUAAUAUUGAUGUUUGAGAUUCAUGUCUCCAAUUCUCAGUGAACUCCUCCUUGCUUGUUGUAUGAUCAAUUCCACUUUCCGGCGCAGGACCCAUUUAGUUCAAUCUUUCUCCGUCGUCUUCCUUUACUUUCUCUACUAUGUCUCAUAAUAUCUGAUUCAACCCCGCCCACCUACUUAGCCUAGCUUCAAAUAAUCGCAAUAAGAACAAUAAUUUACCCAAAAUUAGUUUUCGUUUCAGUCUCUGUUUUUUUUUUCUUUCAAAUUUCCAGUCCAUCUAGCUAUUUGGGUCCUGCUGCCAAAAUUUUUUUCUCUCGAAAUCUCUGUUUUACCCCUGGACCAAUGGCGUGCUCGAGCGGGACGUCCUCCACGACGUCGUCCCAGCUGGCGGCGACGGCCGCCGGGAGCAACUCCGGGUCGGAUUCGUCGGAGCUCCAGGCGCUGAUGCACGAGAGGAAGCGGAAGAGGAUGGUGUCGAACCGGGAGUCGGCGCGGAGGUCGAGGGAGAGGAAGCAGAAGCACCUCGACGAUCUGACGGCCCAGGUCGCCCAGCUGACGGAAGAGAACGGCCAGAUCUUGACCAGCAUCAACAUCACCACCCAGCAUUUCCUGUCCCUGGAAGCGGACAAUUCCAUCCUCCGGGCCCAGGUCGGCGAGCUCAGCAACCGGCUGGACUCCCUCAACGACAUCCUCCAGUUCCUCACCACCACCGCGACUCCUUCGCCGACGACCACCGCUGACGGAGGGUAUUUUGGGUUCGAGUACGAGGCGCCCGCGGCGGCAGCUGUAAUGGCAGAGCAGCAACAUUGCUGCUUCAUGAACAACAUGGGGUUUCUGAACCAUCAGCCUCUUAUGGCUUCUGCAGCUGCUAAUGAUGUUUUCCUCGUGAAUUAAUUGAUUAUAACAAAGGGAUGGAUUGAAUUGUUUUUCUUCUUCUUUCCUUUGAUUAAUCUUUAAUUUGGAGGGGUUAUUAUGGAAUAAAGAGGCUGUAGAAAGUUGAAAAUGAGGUUAUUAUUUUGGUUUUUACAGUUUGACCAAUGGUGGCAGUAACUAUGGGAUGGAUGGAAAGCUGGGGCUGCUGGUGUUUAAUUAAUUACUGUCAUUAGUAUUAUUAUUAUUAUUACGUGUGUAAGUUUGUUUUGGUUUUCAGUUGCUUUGGUGCUUUUAUUGUUGUUUCUUCUUUUCAAUGUGAUUGGUCAUUGGUGGGGACUAAUAUUAAAAAAUCACAGUACUUGUGUGAAUGCUUUUUGUUUUGAUGAUUUUGAUGUUUUUUCGAGAUUGAAAAUCCCAUCAUGUGUUUGCAUCGACAUCAUCGUACGAGUAAAUGACAUUUGUGCCCCUCCAUCUCAAGGUCGUUGACAAACAUGUCCAUUUUAUUACGAUUGAAUGGAUCUACUCGUAUUCACAAAAUUAUCGAACAUGUCAUGUUGUCCCUGGAAAUUGUGUCAAAUAAUCGUCAAAUGCGAGCUUCAAAACAUCAUAGGGAAGGAUUCUAAAAGGCUCUUCAUAUAGGUGAGGGGUCCCUUACUUGCGUUCGAAGAAACAAUUGAGUUGUGGACUUUUGUGUUAAAAAGAAGAAAGUUAUGUGAGUAAAUACAUGCUAUAUAACGAUGGCAUACUAAUAGAUUGAUUCUAAAAACACAUACUUCCUGACUAUCCCAAAUUGAAAAGAGAUCAAGAGUUGAUAAUCAUCUUGAAAUCGCACCACCUCGAAUCCUCUCAAAAUAACAAGUUUUCGCAACACUUUAAUGAACGCAUAAAUCGUAUUGAUGCAUGGUACUGUUUCGAAUAUCUCGUUGCUGUUAUAAACUCGUGGUGUCAUCUUCGAUCUGAUCCGACUUCAUUAUCUUUUCAUUGGACUUCGCCAACCAUUUUCACACUUGUGAGUCUCGAAUGCGCCAUCUUGCUGUUGCUGUUAAUAUUUUAGAAGAGAAGUACUAAUUAAUCGUGGACCUGUUUGUUCAUAAAUUGGAAGAAAUAGGGUGGGAAGAUGUGCAAAAUAAAAUCUGUUGUGUUCGUCAUACUUGCUACUAUCAAUCUCGUACGUAUAGCCGCACAGUUGGCACACUUGGAGCCGCUAUUUCAAUUCUUUUGUCUUGUUUCUAGUAGAAUUGAAACUGAAGGGUAAAGAAAGAAACCAUUAUUAAGCAUGGUUAAUUAGGAAGAAGACAAAAUGGCCAUCCUUUUAGUGGGCCACUAAUCACUAUUUGAUUAAAUUGUAAUCACAUGUAUAUUAAGUUCCGUGAUUAGAUCAAAUUGCUUAAUUUUUUUUUCCUUCGAAAGGGAUCAUGGUAGUGAGAGGUUGCCAAUAUUGACGGAAUAAGUUGUCAAUGGGAUUGCAGAUAGUGGUUUAUUUAUUAAUUAGUUUCAACUCCUUUUUAUAUGUUUCCUUUACAACAUAUAAAGUUUGGAGAAUUUGAAGAUAAGAAUUCGUAGAACGCACUAUUUAACUUUCACAAAUUUGCUAUUACUAUGAUUAUAUAGGAGAAAAAAAUCAUUUUAUCACAAGAAACAAGAAAACAUUUAGAAAGUUUUUAGCUGAUUUGAAGUUAGGUGCAAAAAGACUUUGAUUCGUUGGAUUCUACAACUUAUUAGCAAUGGUGGGUGAGAUGUAAACUAUUACCUGCACAUGAUUAUGAUGAAUGAAUGAACGUUGAUAGCACCAUAUAUAAUUAUAAUUACAUAAAAAAGAUUACCCUAAAAUUGUACUAGUUCUCUUAUUUUCUAUUCACUACCAUCAGGCAUCAACAGAGAAGAAAUAGCGAUAAAAUUCUGAAAUUUGUUUAAUCUUAAGAGUUUUCACGUGAAUGCUAAGUGUUAUAAACAUCGUUAUAUAUUUAAUCGUAGCAAUGAACAUAUGUAAAAACACAUAAUUUUUUUUGUUAACACACAAGUCAAGUCAAGUACCACGUCUGAUGGCCUCGCCACAAUUUACAAGCUUGAUAGGCUUUGGCAGGACUUGAUGAUGAUCUAAUGCUAUUCCUAUCACGUUGGAAAUAAAAUCACACGGUAAUAUUCGAUUGAUAAUAUUAAUUACCAAAUCGAUCAAAAUCGUUAUCGACUAUGCUAAGUUAAACUAGUCACAUUCGAUAUCAUUAGUCAUCAGUGGUAUGCGCUAAGCUACAAGAUGUUUCCAGAAGAAAGUAUUGGCAAAAGCUCUCCAACUUAUCUGCUAAGCUAGUCUUACAAUUUGUACAAAGAAUAUGACUCAUUUGCAAAAAAGUUGGAGGAUGGCUGGCCUUACUGCCUAAGCACAUGGAUAUAGGGCAGUAAAGCUAAACCUACUAAAGACUUCCUUUCUCUUAAACUCGACAAUGGAAGUAGAAAACAACGUGCUAAUUUGAUGUCAGUUAAUUAAACAAAGCAUCAUUCAAAUUAAUACAACAACGUUAAUACCACUAUGACAACACGAAUCAUCUAGAAGCACAUAUAUGAUAAACCCAAAAACUAAAACGGUUACAUCUCUAAACAAGACUGGAUUUACCACUACCCCAAUAUACGAUAUCAGAAUAAUGUUGUAAUUCAUUAUAUGAUAACUUUAAAGUCUCGUAAGCUUUGUUGGGACGAAUAUUUUAACAUUUGGAAAAACAAGUAAAAGUUAACUAACAAAGAGACACUUAAUUUGAGAAUCAGACUUAUUGCUUUCCCUCCAUCCUUUUAUUGGGAUCAAAAUCGUUUCCUAGAACGACACCUAGGGCUAGAAACAAGCUUUUUCUGCAAAAAACGAAAACCCAGGCUGGUGGGAUUUGUCACAUGGCAAAUACAAUACAAGCCACUAGUUUGCAUGCUCUAGGCUGGGCUGGGGGGAAAUAAAGGGUAACAGAAUUAAAGUAAAGUGCGAAGG